UUUACUAUUUAGUAAAUGAUAUCUAAAAGUACACUUUACAUCUACAAAUUUGAUAACAAAUUAUUCAAAAUAUGAGCUCAUUUUGAGUUUUGCCAUUCAUUUCCUGAUUCAACAAAAAAUUGAAUUUAUAUUUACUUUACUUUAGCGAAAUAUUACAGAAAUAAAAUGCCUUCACUAUUAUCAUCAAUAAAUGUGUCAACCAUUGCAUUAUCAACGGCACUGGUGUGUGCCUUAAGUGGUGUUGCCGUGUAUGCCGUCCACAAGGCCUACAGAAAGCGCCGGGAGUUCAUGAAAGUGGCGAAUGUAUGCAAACUAAUCAUAUAUCCCAUCAAAUCAUUGCCCGGUAUUGAAGUCAAUAGACUGGAAGUCACCUCAACUGGUACCAGAUAUGGACCCUUUCGGGACAGAAUGAUAACCCAACGUACAGAGGGAUGCUCAAAGUUAGCCCUGCUCAGUUUGCAAUUUAAUGACAAUAUGCUAUGGAUUACUGCACCGGACUUACCCACACUUAAGCUAAAGGUUAAAACCGAAGUGGACGAUGAAGUGAUUGAAACAAAAGUAUGGGGUGACCCAAUGGAGGGCGUAUACUGUGGUCUGGAAGCGGAGGAAUUCUUCGCGCAAUACCUCAACAAAACCGGGACUAAACUCAUUCAACACAUCCCUAAGCAAUCGGUUCGCGACGGAUAUAUUCAAGUGAACAAUGCAAAAGUUAUCAGGAAUGCUAAAUAUCCAAUAAUAUACCAGGAUAAUGCUGGUCUGUUAGUCAUAAACCAGAGCUCUGUCGAUGACCUCAACUCCCGACUGCCUACCGACGCCCUGAAGACCAGUUACCGAAACUUUCGGCCAAAUAUACUGAUCUCAGAGUGCGAUGCCUUCGAUGAGGACAACUGGCAAUGGGUGUCCAUUCGGGACGUGGAGUUCAAGCACCUGAAGCCCUGCGACCGGUGUGUGUUCACCACAAUUAAUCCCGACACCGGUAUCAAGAAUGGUGUCGAACCCCUACAGACAUUACGCUCUUACCGUAUGGCCACCGAUAAGCUCAAGAAAACGUACGGAACUUCACCCCUAUUUGGGGCACAAAUUGGACCUAAAAACGAGGGCGAGAUUUAUUGCGGCGAUGAUGUGCUCGCUGUUUAUAAAUGAAUGUCCGGCUCAUAUCAGAUCCUUUAUAAUGUUUAUUAAUUUUGAAAGUAAUAUAAAAUUUAUAAAACAAAUUAAUUGAAUUUAAAUUGACC